CGUCGCCGCUGGUUACUUGCUCCCAUCGAUCGUGAACUUGCGCACCAAUAACCACUCCAGAGAGGCGAUCGUGCUGGUGCUUGCACCAACCCGAUUCGUCACUUCAGAACGCCGAACAUCCGCUACACGUGCAUUUUUUAUGGUGCGCUGGAGGAACAACAGAUAGCACACCAGGCUCGACGACGCGGAUCGGAUGCUGGAAAUGGGCUUCGAGCCUCAGAUUGGACUGCGACGUGGCCGAAGGGGGUUCGCCGGUGGAGGACCGCAACUUCUACCAGAUCGUGGAAAUUUGUGCGAAGAACGAAAAGGAGAUCGAUAUUUUGUUGAGAAGAAAAUCAAGGUUGAGGAUCUGCUGAAGAACAUCGUUCGGCAUGGGUACGGAUCGCCCUCGAUUCACGGUGACAAGUCGCAAUCGGAGAGCACCACGGUAUGUUACUCGUCGUUCGGAAACGGUCGUCAGGCGCAGGAGGCCGUUCAGCAGCCUACGCUCGAGCUGUAUGGCCAAGUCGAUGCCCGGAAGAACGGGAGAAUGAAGCCGGUACAACGUACGUGGUGCGUUGACCUCGGGUGGACCAUGAAGGAUUCGUUGGACCGUGAGUAG